AUGCCUAUUUAUGUGAGGAAUACUGCCAAAAAUGGCGAAUGUAAUACCAACCUGGAUGAAUGGUGCAUCGUGGAGUUACAGGGUGAUCUCGAUGUGCGUGGCGAUCGCAUAAUGGCUGGCCAGUUUAUCGGCGAUCUGCUCUACAACAAAUUCGGUCAACCGAUUCUCAUCAUAGGACACCACAUACUGCAAGGACGGCUGCAGAAAAUCGACAAACCAUUGCUGGUGGUGGAAAAGUGUGACGUGCAGCGGCGGGGAGAAGGAGGGCAGGAUGAAACGAUGCUGGACAUUAGCCAACUGCCGGUCACCCAGAGCCAGGAGCAGCACGAUCUCGAUUCGACCGCCCAUUCGAUCACUUCCAACCGAACCGUGCUCGAUACGACCGUUGCCAUCGAACACAAGGUGGUGCCGAAGGUGGAGUACCGAGUGAGGGCCGUGGUGCGGAACAAAGUGCUGUUUAAGGCACGUCCCAAACCCAUCAUUGCAAACGUUUCCAAAACAGUCUAA